CAACAGCGAACAAAACUUAAGCACCAUAGCGUCACUAUCCGAGACGGACGUAUCCACCGUCGACCGCCCAGUCUUGAGUCGACGGACUUCGCUUCGUGCUCAAGCCGCAUCGCCGCCUUCCCAGCUACAGCUUGAAGAGGAAGAGGGGAUAACGGCAUCUGUCGAGAAGGACAACGCGUCUCCCACAAGAGACGACACCCCUUUGUCGAGUGCUGAGAUGCCAACUCCAGUCCUCCCAAUUCGACAGAACAGUGGAUUAAAGAUGGAGGGGGUAACGUGGGCCAUGACAGCCGACAUGGAACCCAUCGUCCCCAUUCAGGCGGCCGAUGUGGAGCCGAUCUCACCGACACAGACGGCUCCAAAGCUCGGUACUCCCGGGACAAGCCAAACAAGCAAGCGACGCAUCACGUACGCCGCUGACGAGAUCAGUCACCACGCACUCGAUCGUCUAGGAGUGAACCCCGACAUCCUGAAGAAGGAGAAGGGGAUGAAGAAGCUCGGCAUCUGCGAUGGUGACAUCGUCCAAAGUGAAGAACUGCGUCGAUACACUGGAGUCUCUCAGAUGGAGCCGUCGUCCAAAGCUGAGUUUAUGUUUGGCUUCAACGACGAGCAACUACACCGCGAGAGAGCUAUCAAGCGACUGGGUACCACUGAACAGGAGAUCAUGGACGACUACAGCCGCCGAGUUUCUCGCUUGGGCGUGUCGAGCCCGUUUCCCGUCAAGCUAUAAGUUGGCAACAUUGCCAAAAAAGAAAUUCACCUGUGAAUUUUAAA